CUUGCCUGUUGAACAAGAAAAGAUUAUAGCUUUAAUAAAACCCAGCAAUCCAAUCCUUAAGCUUGAAAUCCAGUAGCCAGUAAUCUUACUCGAUCUCUGCACAGAUUCUUCUCUUUCGCAAUCUCUCUUCCUAAGAUAAUGAAGUUUGAUACAAGCGGUCUCGAGUCCACGGCUUCGGUCUUUGGAACGGCCGGCAGUGAGCUUGUUGAUGGGUUUUCUGCUGCUCCAGCUUUUGAGCUACCCACUACUACAGAUUUUGAUGGCUUCCAGAAGGAAGCUGUACAGAUGGUGAAGCCGGCCAAGGGGACAACUACGCUUGCCUUUAUCUUUAAGGAUGGUGUCAUUGUCGCGGCUGAUUCUCGUGCUAGCAUGGGAGGCUAUAUUUCAUCACAAUCAGUUAAAAAAAUCAUUGAAAUCAAUCCCUACAUGCUUGGUACAAUGGCUGGAGGAGCUGCUGAUUGUCAGUUUUGGCAUAGAAAUCUGGGCAUUAAGUGCCGACUGCAUGAAUUGGCAAACAAGCGGAGAAUAUCAGUCACAGGGGCAUCAAAGCUUCUGGCAAACAUUCUGUACUCUUACCGUGGAAUGGGCUUGUCUGUUGGGACCAUGAUUGCUGGUUGGGAUGAAACGGGUCCUGGACUAUAUUACGUGGACAGUGAAGGUGGAAGGCUGAAAGGAACAAGAUUCUCUGUUGGAUCUGGUUCUCCAUAUGCAUAUGGUGUACUGGAUAGUGGGUAUCGAUUUGAUAUGUCAAUCGAGGAAGCUGCAGAGUUGGGCAGAAGAGCUAUUUAUCAUGCAACUUUCCGUGAUGGAGCCAGUGGUGGAGUAGCAAGCGUUUAUUAUGUGGGACCUGAUGGAUGGAAGAAAUUAUCUGGUGAUGAUGUCUCAGAGCUCCACUACAAUUAUUAUCCAGUUGUGUCAACUGAAGCUUCAGAACCGGACCGAAUGGUUGAAGCAUAAAGGACGGCCUUGCUGCUUGUCUUUCCAAAAUGUAGCCCUGUUUCUUCAGCAUUGUUUUUUGCUGAUGACAUUUCAAAUUACUAGUUAAACUCUCCUUAUGGAGGCAUUAGAAUUUCUAAAUUCUCUUGUGCUUAAAACCUUGAAGAUGAAAUAUAUUGGAUUUGGUACUUGAGGAA